GCUGGCCUGCACUUAAGAGCCCUAGACCCAUUUCCUCAAGGUAGAACUUUAUCUUUGGGUCCAGUGGCACCCUCUUGACAUGAGCGUCGCUGCGGUGUUUCGAGGCCUCCGGCCCAGUCCUGAGCUGCUGCUUCUGGGCCUGUUGUUUCUGCCAGCGGUGGUUGCUGUCACCAGCGCUGGUCCCGAAGAAAGCGAUGGAGAUCUUAGCUGUGUGUGUGUGAAGACCAUCUCCUCUGGGAUCCAUCUUAAGCACAUCACCAGCCUGGAGGUGAUCAAGGCAGGACGCCACUGUGCGGUUCCCCAGCUCAUAGCCACCCUGAAGAAUGGGAGGAAAAUUUGCCUGGACCGGCAAGCACCCCUAUAUAAGAAAGUAAUCAAGAAAAUCCUGGAGAGUUAGGUAUCAGCUGCCUAAAUGUCAAUUGUGUUACAAGACUCCUGGAAUCUUGUCUACUUUUAAUGUAACUGCAAUCUUCCGAUGUUUAUAUUAUCCUUCAAGAUUUAAAUAAAUGCAUUGAACCAA